UAGACAGAAAUCGAUUUUACAAUGGUGUAGAAUUCAAACCGAAACGAGAAAAAGGACACAAAAUCCCUAUAAGAAGUGCAGAAUCGAUCGACAAAUCUGUUGUUUAAGAUCUUCAAGAACUUUUGUUUAAGAUCUUCAGAAGCUUAGCAGUUAGAUUACGGAGAAUCGAUUUGCAACCUAGACCUAAUUCGCGCAAGUGAACUGGGCCGUCGUCGAGCCAGAAAUCAACGCCGUCUCUCUUCUCCUCCAUUCCGAUCUUCGGUCGCGAAAUCAACGGCGAUUCAAUCCACCGGAUCCCUGUGUUCAUCCCACAAUCCACUGAAUCCCUUCACUUUCUUUUUAUUCUUAUUGCUAUGGGAAAGAGAAGAGAGCGUCGCCGUGCAGCUCUCAGCAAUGCCGGUCGCCGUGUCAAGCUUGAUCUAUUCGCCGAGCCCUCCGGAGAUUUAGAUGGCUCUGAUGCACAUGAAGAAGUUGGAGGGGAUAUAGAUUCAAGACAGACAACCAAGUUACCUAAAUCAGCAUCCUCCUCAGGUCAACAAGCACAAAAUCCCUUGCUGUUACUGGAGCAAUAUAGUGAUGAUGAAGUUGAUGAGGAAGUGGACGAGGACUCGAAUAAAAAUUCAGAUCAUGAUGGACAAGAUGCAUUGUUACCUGACUGCAAUGACGAGGUUGCUGCCCUUCCUGCUGAGGGAUGUGAGAAAGUGGAGGCAAAUGUCGGUGAAGACAUCAUUGCUGAAAAGGCUGUUCAAGAGGAACCUGAGCAAGGUUCUGCUGAAUUUUCUGAGAACCUGGAGAGCAAAGAUGAAGCAAAAACUGACACUAAUAACUUUGGAUAUUUAAGCAAGGAAACUGAUCUGGUUCAAACAUCUGUACCAGCCACAUCUACUGUACAAGUAUCAGGGGAUGUUAUUUCAGGAUGGAGGGUUGUCAUGCAUGAGGAGAGCCAUAAUUAUUAUUACUGGAAUGUUGAAACUGGGGAAACUUCAUGGGAAGUUCCUGAUGUUGUUUCGGCUCAGACUCAGCCUACUCUAUCAGCCACCGACGUUAUAACUUCUCCGACUCAAUUUCCAGAGAACGUUACAGUAUUUAAACAGGAUUCUGGCUUAUCUAAUGGUGGGAGGUUAGAUGCUUUUUCAGCAGAAAGCACAGGUUACAAGAACGGCAUUCCAGUUACUGCAAGUCAGGGUUCCGAGGUUGACCAAAGCUAUGCUGCCUUCAGUACUUGUUCAAAUAAUGUGAAUAUAGCAAAAGCUGCUUCUGAGAUCUAUGCUGAUUACGCGGUGACUAAUGAAGAACAGAAAUCAGGGUUGGAUCUUCCUUCACAUCUUCUAAACUGGAGUUCGAGCUUGUUAGAGAGAUUAAAAUCAUUACAGAAGUCUGGGGGUCAUGAAUGGACAUUAAAGUACAUAUUGGAAACUCAGGUUAGACUUUCGGAUUUGGAGUCGCUGAUGCCGUAUAAGGCAUCGUUGCUUCCAUUCUGGGAACACUUGGCAAGGAAACUUAAACAGAUUGAAGAUGACAUUAACAAAGAAAUUUAUCAGACUGCUGUAGUAUCGUCGCAAUUGGAUGAAGCCAAGACUACUGAUAGUCCAAACAUUGUAAGAGACGAGAAAUUUCAGGGAAGGUCGGAUGUUGCGUCUGAUGUUGCGAGAAAGGAAAAUAGUGGUGUUUCUGCUUUGGAGCAUUCACAUUUGCCUACUGAUUCUGCUUCUUUGACUAUCAUUGCAAAUGGAGAAAAUAUUUCACCGUCUAAGGGGAACUCUACUAGUGUGAUUGAGCAUGCAAGUGAAAUUGCAAUUGAUGAAAUGGCUUCCAAGAGUGAACAUUCUGUGGAAGAUGUUGACAUGGAGGUGGAUAUGGAAGUUGAAGAUGCCGGUUUUGCAGGUAGCUUGACAGUGGCUGGUACACCAGAUAUGUACAAUGCUAAGUCGUUUACUUUGUUCGAGCAACCACUUCAGCCAGAUCAACAAGCCCAGCCAAAUCUUUCUUCAGGCUUUGCAUACAUGGGGCACGAGGAUGGCAGUGUAGCACCACCGCCACCACCAGCGGACGAAGAAUGGAUUCCCCCACCACCACCUGAUAAUGAAGAUGUUCCUCCACCCCCACCUGAUGAACCAGCUGAACCAUUAUAUCCUAUGCCUCCAUCUUAUACCCAACUUGGGCAGCCUGUUUGUUACACUGAACCAUAUCAAGUGUCUUAUCCUGAUUCUAGUAUUCAGUAUUAUGCACAUCCUGUCCCUGAAGUUGUACCUAGUGCAGAUUUUUACGGACAUCCAGAAACGUGUAACGUUGUAUUGGCUCAAGCACCAUUUUGCUAUGAGGCAGUUCCCAAUUCGCAUACGGGUUCUGCUCCCCUAGUUGUAAAUGGUGUUGUGCCUGAAGGUUAUGGUAUUCUUCAAAACGCAACGUCCUCUCUUCCCGUUUUUAGUACUGCUGGGUCGUCUCAGUUGCAUGUUGAUUCUGCAUCUGUGAGUUUUGAUCCUUCUUUCACUUUUCAUUAUGGAUCUUCUGAUACUACAAGUAUGAAUACUGCUUCUGCCGCUGAUGAAAUUGACAAGGGGUGUGGAGACACGAAAGCCUCUGUCCGAGUAUCUACUUCAGUCUCCCCAACUAACGAUGUUCCGCCAACAAGUAAUGCCGUUACUGAUCCUUCGGCUGUUGCUAAUACAACUGCAAUUUCCAAGGUUCAACCAAAAGCUCUGCGCAGUAAAAAGCGGACAGUUGCAGUUGCUCCAUCCUUGAGAUCGAAUAAGAAAGUUUCGAGUUUGUUGGACAAGUGGAAAGCAGCGAAGGAAGAACUGGAAGAAGACGAGGAAGAACCAGAAAACGCUUACGAGAUUCUCGAGAGGAAACGAGAAAGAGAAAUAAAGGAAUGGCAUGCACAGCAAAUUGCCAGUGGAGAUGCAAAAGAAAACGCCAACUUUCAGCCUCUUGGCGGUGAUUGGCGUGAGCGGGUAAAGCGAAGGAGAGCGCAAUCAUCGAGUGAUGUUACUCAAUCCCCUGCUGAAGCAUCCACAGAUGGAAACCAGCAGCAGCCCGACCUGGCAGAAAUCGCAAAAGAUCUACCCUCAGGAUGGCAGGCAUAUUGGGACGAGUCAACGAAGCAGGUGUAUUAUGGUAACGUUAACACCUCGGAAACGUCGUGGACAAAACCGAGGAAGUGAAGCGAUGUUUAUGUCGUAGUUUAGUGAUUUUGUUGGGAAGUUAGGAUUAAAAUGAAAUGUGAAGUAGUAGGUGUUGUUGGCAUUGUAUAGCUAACUUGUUAGGGUGUAGGGAAGGAAGGGAGAUUGUGGAGAGGAACAUGACAAAGUCUACAAUUUUGCUGAUUGAUUUGUUCAAUCAAAUUGUCAUUUAUUCCUCUCUGGAUGGUUUGUGCUGUAAGCUGUAUGCUCAACUUACAUUCUUUUUGUUAGCCUAAUUUCAGUUCAUUAUUAUUAU